GUCAUUCCCAAUGGUUCGUUCCUAAUAUCUUCACCCCUUCUGCGUACUGUUUUGGCGGUGAAGGAGAAAGCUGCUUCCAUUUCCAUGUCGUCCACUUUCCUCUCAAAUCUCCCACUUUUCUCAUCCAAUCACCCUUCCAUAAACGCCGACGGCGGCCGGCAUUUUGCCACCGUGCGAUGCGGCCCACGAAGCAACCGCGGCCCGCUCGUCAAAGGCCGUGUACUGAGCACCGAAGCAAUACAAGCCGUCCAAUCCCUGAAGCGGGCGGCUAGCCGAGCCGACCCCUCCAGCCUUGACGCCGUCCUCUCCAAGACCCUCUCCCGCCUAAUCAAGCCCGACCUCAUCGCUGCCUUCAACGAGCUGCUCCGUCAGGACCGCUGCGACUUGGCCCUCAAGGUGUUCGCCGCUGCCCGAUCGGAGUCGUGGUAUGCUACCGACUUGGCCGUUUACGCCGACUUGGUGACGGCGCUAGCGAGGAAAGGGAUGGCGGAGGAUAUCGACAGUCUGAUUGGGGAUCUGGAGACGGAGGGCGGGAUCCCCUGCGGCGGAGGGCUGGUAAGGCUGGUCAAGGCGGUGAUUGCGGCCGGGAGAGUGGAAUCGACGGCCAGGAUUUAUGGGUUGAUGAAGAGAAGUGGGUGGCGGUCGGAUGAGGAUGAGUAUGUGGCUAGGGUUUUGAGCAAGGGUUUAAGGAGAAUGGGAGAGCUGAGGCUGGCUGAUGAGAUUGGCUUGGAUUUUGGUACAAGUUGAACUUCUUGUUGUUGAUAAGGUUUUACACUCAAUUAAUAACUGAUUGGAAAUUCUUUGAA